AUGUCGUCGCUCGCGACGUUCAAAAACCCCUCGACGUACCAUUUGCUCAGCUAUGGCACGCUCCUGGGCUCUACCCUCUUCCAGUCCUUCGUCUCGGGCGUGAUCGCCUUCCGCGUCCUCCCCCGCCCGCAAUUCUCGACGCUGCAAAAACACACUUUUCCCAUCUUUUUUGGUCUGCAGACGGUCGCUCCUAUCGCAAUGUUUUUGACCUACCCUCGCGGCGCCACCUCUCUGAUCCCUUCGUUCCUGCUUCCCUCUUCGCCCGCCGCUCCUCCGCCAUCCUUCUCCUUCUUCGCGCCUGCUUCGACUUCGACUUCCAACAAUAAGCUGGCUUCCUGGUUACACGCUGCUAUGCUUGCUACGGCCGUGGUCAACUUGGUCUACAUUGGACCAAAGACAACCGAGGUCAUGGGCAUCAGGAAGCACCAGGAGACAAGGGACGGCAAGAAGAGCUAUGACAGUGGGCCACACAGCAAGGAAAUGCAGGCGCUGAACAAGCAGUUUGCCAUACUGCACGGCGUUAGCACCCUCAUUAACUUGGCGGGGUUGGGUGCUAUGAUUUGGUAUGGUGGUGUGCUUGCCGAGGGGCUAAGCAUGUAACAUGUUGGAACACGAAGUUACGUUUUUAAGAAAUAAACGAGAGAUGAAUAUGUGGUGGAAUGAUUUAGGAUACUGGUCUGGAUGCGAGGCCACAUGCGCAUUCAAGACCGGAGUGUGAAUUGGGUGAGGAGAAAGACCCGAUUCAAACAGAGCGAUUGUACCGCAGCAACGAGAAACACGUACAUAACACAUACCCAAUUACAACAAAGCUACAAACGC